AUGAGCACGAUGGCCACCAUUGACGCCCAUGCACGACUGGACAGUGCCAUUUCUGAUACGACCUUGUCGACCGACUCUCCUACUCAGUCAAAGUUCGGGUCGCUGAACGGUGGUGCUGCUACCGUUCCUUUGCCAGAUUGCAUUCCCCCAGAAUCCCCUUCUCGCACGCUGGUCCUCUGCUUCGAUGGCACUGGUGAUCAGUUUGACUCUGACAAUUCAAAUGUCGUCGAGUUUUUCAGCAUGUUGAAGAAAGACGACCCUUCUCGUCAGUUAGUAUACUAUCAGUCUGGAAUUGGCACCUUUACGACACCCCAGAUUGCAACGCCGAUGUUUGCCAAGAUAAGCAAGACAUUGGACGAAAUGGUCGCCUGGAAUAUGGACUCCCAUAUCAUGUGUGGCUACGAGUUUCUUAUGCAGAAUUAUCGUGCGAAUGACCGAAUCUGUAUCUUCGGAUUUUCGCGCGGGGCCUACACAGCACGAUGCCUAGCGGGCAUGAUUCACAAAGUCGGCCUUCUCCCGACUUGCAAUCAUCAACAAGUUCCUUUCGCGUACAAGAUGUACACGCGCACGGACGACAUAGGCUGGAAACAGUCCAACGCAUUCAAGAAAGCUUUCUCCAUCGACGUCAACAUUGAGUUUUUAGGCGUCUGGGACACCGUCAGUUCCGUGGGUCUGAUCCCGCGACGCCUGCCGUUCACGACGUCAAACACCGUUGUGCGCACGUUCCGGCAUGCUAUCGCUCUUGAUGAGCGUCGGGCAAAAUUUAAAGCAAAUCUGUGGAAUCGGCCCAACGAUAACGAGAAGCUUUUGAGCACGACCGAUCAAAAGGUUCAACGGCAGUGUAGUGGCCUGGCGCAUCGCCUGCAUGGGAGCCAUGCACCGAGUCAUCGUGAGCUGGAGAGGAGGUAUAGCAAGAGCACGGUUGGCGAGACGGAUAUUGAUGAGGUUUGGUUUGCGGGCUGCCAUUGUGAUAUAGGCGGAGGGUCUGUGGAAAACGGCGUUCCAUUCUGCCUUGCUCGCAUUCCCCUUCGUUGGAUGAUACGGGAGUGCUUCAAGACGAAUAGCGGGAUCGCCUUCCAUACAGAAGGCCUUCGAGAUAUCGGGUUCGAUCCUUCAACCUUGUAUCCAGUUGUCCUCUCGCGCCCGCCGCCACUCGACCUCGACACUUCCCGCGUCGAAACAUCAAUGAUACAAUCCAUUCCAAAGAAUCCAAUCCCAUCUACCGACGAAGACAACAUGCUAGUGUCGUCGCUGAAACCAACGGAGACGGAAGAACAAAUCGAGCUCAAAGAUGCCCUUUCUCCGAUAUACGACCAGCUCAGCUUGAACUGGUUCUGGUGGAUUCUGGAACUCCUCCCAUUGAAGCACCGAUACCAACGAAGCAACAAUGCGUGGACGUCGUGGUUUGGAUGGAAUCUUGGAACAGGAAGACACGUCCCGGGCCAAAGGAGUCAUGGAGUGAGGGUGCACCGGAGCGUCCGCACGAGGAUGACCGCGGAGGAUGCACGCGGAGAGAGGUAUAUGCCGAAGGCGAACCUAAACCUCGAGCAUGUCACUUGGGUCGAUUGA